AUGAACGGUGGCAAAUACUCUACCGCCUCUACAACCACACCGUUAAUAUUAGGGGAGGGACGCCGAGCGCCGGUGACCCAUAGGCAACCCAUAGGGAGUGCGUUUCUGGAUCGACGCGUUCUCGCACAAGCUGAACAUGGAUAUAAACGCGAACUUCUGCUCCUCUUCCCCACGUCUACGGUCUCGGAACAGCAGCAAACGGAGCUUGUGACGAAGAUUGAGGCGUCAACACUUGACCUCGCAGUCAUUACACAGAUCGACGCCGGGGCGAGGUUGUAUGAGCAGCGGAAUGUGCGCUCGUUGCGGAAACAGGUCCAGCCGGUUCUUGAGGAGGUUAUUAAGGCUGUGUAUGCGUAG